GGCGCGCCACGGCACUCCCAACAUGGCGGCUGCCGGGGCGGCGGCGGAGGUGGCGGCGCGCAGCCCGGGAGCCCCGGCGGGGACGGCGGCCCGAGCGCGGCGCCCGCCGCCGGCGCGGCCCGCACGGCUGCCCCCUUUACUCGUGCUGCUGGCGGCGGCGGCGGGGCCAGGCGCGGGCGGUGCGGCGCGGCUGUACCGCGCGGGCGAGGACGCCGUGUGGGUGCUGGACAGCGGCAGCGUGCGCGGGGCCACGGCCAACAGCUCGACCGCGUGGCUCGUGCAGUUCUAUUCCUCGUGGUGCGGCCACUGCAUCGGCUACGCGCCCACCUGGCGGGCCCUGGCCGGGGACGUGCGAGACUGGGCCGCUGCCGUCCGCGUCGCUGCCCUGGACUGUGCAGAAGAAAAGAACCACGAGGUGUGCCGAGCCUAUGACAUCCACUUCUACCCCACCUUCCGGUAUUUUAAGGCAUUUACAAAGGACUUCACAACUGGAGAAAAUUUUAAAGGGCCUGACCGAGAGCUGCAGACGGUGCGGCACACCAUGAUCGAUUUCCUGCAGAACCACACGGACAGACGCAGGCCUCCCGCCUGCCCGUCUUUGGACCCUAUUCGGCCCAGUGAUGUUCUUUCCCUCAUUGAUAACCAUGAUGGGCGUUAUGUGGCGAUUUUGUUUGAAAGCAACAGCUCCUACGUUGGCCGUGAGGUGAUUUUGGACCUGAUUCCUUACGAGAACAUCGUGGUGAAGAGGGCGCUGAGUGCGGAUAAAGCCUUUCUCGACAAACUUGGUGUUCCUUCCGUCCCUUCCUGCUACUUGAUUUACCCAAACGGGUCGCACGGAUUAGCUAACGUCGCGAAGCCUCUCCGGUCAUUUUUUUCCUCUUAUUUGAAGUCGUUGCCAGAUGUGAGGAAAAAAUCACUUUCGUUGCCUGAAAAGCCAAGCGAGGAAGAAAAUUCUGAAAUUGUGGUUUGGAGAGAAUUUGACAGGUCGAAACUGUACACGGCAGACCUCGAGUCGGGGCUGCACUACCUGCUGCGUGUAGAGCUGGCCGCGCACAAGGCCCUGGCCGGGGCCGAGCUGAACACGCUCAAGGACUUCGUCACCGUCGCCGCCAAGCUGUUCCCCGGCCGGCCGCCCGUCAGAAGGCUGUUGGAGACGCUGCAGGAAUGGCUGGCCAAUCUUCCCCUGGACAGGAUCCCCUACAAUGCCGUCCUCGACCUGGUCAACAACAAAAUGCGGAUUUCUGGAAUAUUCCUUACCAGUCACAUCAAGUGGGUUGGAUGUCAGGGGAGCCGACCAGAGUUGCGGGGUUACACGUGUUCGCUCUGGAAGCUGUUCCACACGCUGACUGUGGAGGCUGCGGCCCACCCGGAGGCACUGGACGACACAGGUUUUGAAGGCGACCCCCAGGCAGUGCUGCAGACCAUCCGGAGGUACGUCCACACCUUCUUUGGCUGUAAGGAGUGUGGUGAGCAUUUUGAGGAAAUGGCUAAAGAAUCCAUGGAUUCCGUGAAAACACCCGACCAAGCAGUUCUCUGGCUUUGGAAGAAACACAACCAAGUGAACAAUCGCCUGGCAGGCCAUCUGAGUGAGGAUCCCAAGUUUCCUAAGGUUCCUUGGCCCACUCCGGACCUCUGCCCGGCCUGCCACGAGGAGAUUAAGGGCCUGGACAGCUGGAACGAAGGCCAGGUGCUCCUGUUCUUGAAGGGGCACUAUGGCAGCAGCAACCUGGUAGACACCUACUCCGCGGACCUGGGAGACGCCAGUGAAGGAGGCGCCCCCGCCGAGGGCCAGGAUGGGGAGAGGGGCCGCGAUCCCCCAGAGAAGCCUCGUGGAGCCCAAGGUGCCGAGAGUCUCCGUCCGCCCAGCGUGCUGCCUCCCAGACCUCGCCGGUUAGAGGGCUCGCACCGAGCGCUCAGCCUGAAACUCGAGAGUCUGAGAGGGGCCGUGGGCCGCAGGGAGGUGGGGGCGGCCGCGCCCUUUCUCGGGAUGGGCUUCUCCAGCCUGGACAUGAGCCUCUGCGUCGUGCUCUACGUGGCCUCGUCCCUGUUUCUGAUGGUGAUGUACUUUUUCUUCCGAGUGCGGUCCAAGCGGUGGAAAGUCAGGCAUCGCCACCCGUCCGUGUAGAGCUGGCAAGACCACAGAAGCGCCUCCGGGAAACAGCCCCCACCCUGCCGCCCGUGGCUUUACUCCUCAAGGCCAGGGGUUCUAUAAACACGGUGGACCUGGGGUGGGUCACAGCAUGUGGCACCUUCAGCUUCAAGUCCUCCUUUUACAAACACUCUCCCCGCACGGGGCGAGCCGGUGUGUGUGCUGGGGCUGUUGCAUUCCUGGUGCACCCAGUGGACGCUUUUCACAGAUCUUACAGCAGAAAGACUUCUAUAUUUUUAUUCUUCUAGGUUUAAAAGCAGGAGUGGGGAGUCCAGGCCAAAUGAACAGAAUUCUUUCCCACCCGCUUUCAUCUUGAGUUUACUAGACUGCACGUCUUGCUCUGCAAGGCCUUGUUCUGGGAUUUGGAGAAGAACCAAGCCCUUCCCCCCAGGAGGCCACUGGGCGAUUCACACGGCUGCAGACCCAGCGCAGGGCUGGAGCAGAAACCGGAGCAGA